AUGGCUUCCGAUGCUUCCGAUGCACUCGCAGCGAGGCAAAAAGUUCAAUUGUUUUUGAAUGCCGCUCGAACUGGGUCAAUUGAUCUCUUAAAGAAAUUGGCGUUGCAGCUGGACGAGGGGAAGGAUUUGGCGAAAUCUGUGGAAGCUAUAAAGGACGCGAACAAGCGAGGAGCACUGCAUUUUGCCGCCCGUGAAGGCCAAACCGCUGUUUGCGAGUACCUCUUAACCGAAUUGAACCUCCCUGUCGAUUCUCAAGAUGAUGAUGGAGAGACCGCUCUCAUUCAUGCUGCUCGUCAGGGACAUACCGCCACUGCUAAAUAUCUGAUUGACCAUGGUGCCGAUCCCACUAUAGCUAGCAAUUUAGGGGCAACUGCCUUGCACCAUUCUGCAGGGAUAGGAGAUACUGAACUUCUCAAGUACUUGCUGUCCAGGGGAGUUAAUCCUGAUCUAGAAAGUGAUGCAGGAACGCCUUUGGUUUGGGCUGCUGGUCAUGCCCAACCAGAGGCUGUCAGCGUACUGUUGGAACAUGGUGCAAAUGUAUGUCCUCUUUUACUUUGUUACUAA